GUGGCCGGGAGCUGGGGCACCAACAUGAACGACGUGUCAGUCGUCAAAGAGGGCUGGCUGCACAAGAGAGGGGAGUACAUUAAAACAUGGAGACCCCGGUACUUCCUUCUGAAAAGCGACGGCUCUUUCAUUGGCUACAAGGAGCGGCCCGAGACGUCCGAUCACAGCUUGCCACCUCUGAACAACUUCUCGGUCGCAGAAUGCCAGCUGAUGAAGACAGAGCGGCCCCGGCCGAACACGUUCGUCAUUCGGUGCUUGCAGUGGACGACUGUCAUCGAAAGAACCUUUCACGUGGACUCUCCCGACGAACGGGAGGAGUGGAUGCACGCCAUUCAGACCGUCGCCAACAGCUUAAAGAACCAGGAGCCCGAAGAAGACACGAUGGAUUACAAGUGCGGCUCCCCCACCGACACCACCGGGGCUGAGGAGAUGGAAGUGGCCGUGACCAAGACCCGGGCGAAAGCAACCAUGAACGAUUUCGACUACCUGAAACUCUUGGGGAAAGGCACCUUCGGCAAAGUGAUCCUGGUACGGGAAAAGGCCACUGGGCGCUAUUACGCCAUGAAGAUCCUGCGGAAAGAAGUCAUCAUCGCAAAGGACGAGGUGGCACACACGGUUACAGAGAGCAGAGUGCUGCAGAACAGCAGGCAUCCCUUCCUGACGGCGCUGAAAUACGCCUUUCAGACCAACGACCGGCUGUGCUUCGUGAUGGAGUACGCCAACGGCGGAGAGCUGUUUUUCCACCUUUCGAGAGAGCGCGUAUUCACGGAGGAGCGGGCCCGUUUCUAUGGUGCUGAGAUUGUGUCGGCGCUGGAGUACCUGCACUCCAGGGACGUGGUCUACAGGGACAUCAAGCUGGAGAACCUGAUGCUGGAUAAAGACGGCCACAUAAAGAUCACGGACUUCGGGCUUUGUAAGGAAGGCAUAACGGACGGCGCCACCAUGAAAACCUUUUGCGGGACACCGGAGUACCUGGCCCCGGAGGUGCUGGAGGACAACGACUAUGGGCGGGCUGUGGACUGGUGGGGACUGGGCGUCGUCAUGUACGAGAUGAUGUGUGGCCGCCUCCCCUUCUACAACCAGGACCACGAGCGGCUCUUCGAGCUGAUCCUCAUGGAGGAGAUCCGCUUCCCCCGCACCCUCAGCCCCGAGGCCAAGGCCUUGCUGGCCGGGCUGCUCAAGAAGGACCCCAAGCAGAGGCUAGGCGGAGGGCCGACCGAUGCCAAGGAGGUGAUGGAGCACCGCUUCUUCACGGCCAUCAACUGGCAAGACGUGGUUCAGAAGAAGCUCGUCCCACCAUUUAAGCCCCAAGUGACAUCUGAGAUCGACACGCGAUACUUUGACGACGAGUUCACGGCGCAGUCGAUCACCAUCACGCCUCCUGACCGAUAUGACAGCAUGGACUCCCUGGAGGCCGAUCAGCGGACGCACUUCCCCCAGUUCUCCUACUCCGCCAGCAUCCGAGAAUAG